AGUGCUGUAUCAGGAAAUGGACUGGGACCAGUUUGACUUGAACCCUAAAGUAAUUGCUGCGCUUAAGAAAGCUGAAAUAAAAUCAAUAAAAGAGAUUUUAAAUCUUUCUGGAGCAGACUUGCAAAGAUUGAUGAAACUAUCCAGUGCAGAUACGCAGUGCUUGCUGAAAACAGUCUCUCUCACACUGAGGAGAAGUGAUAUGCUUACAGCACUUCAGCUCUACCAAGAUAAAGAUCAUCUCACCUCCCAACACCAGAAGCUAAGCCUGGGAUGUUCGGUGCUAGAUACCUUGUUAAAAGGUGGCAUUCCCUUAGUGGGAAUCACAGAACUUGCUGGGGAAAGUUCUGCUGGGAAGACUCAGAUUUGUUUACAGCUGUGCCUUUGUGCGCAGUAUCCUUACAACUACGGUGGGUUGGAGUCCGGAGCUGUCUACAUUUGUACAGAAGAUGUGUUCCCAAGUAAACGUUUGCAGCAGCUCAUAGAUCAACAACAUAAGCUGCGUGCAGAUGUUCCAGCUGAAAUCAUACAGAAGAUCAAAUUUGGAAACAAUAUUUUUGUUGAGCAUGCAGCAGACCUAGAUACCUUUCACAACUGCAUCACUAAAAGGGUUUCCCUACUGCUCGCAAGAGGCAUGGUGCGGUUGGUGGUCAUAGACUCCAUUGCUGCUUUGUUUCGAUGUGAAUUUGGAGUUUCAGACUCUGUUGUGAAGGCUCGGUAUUUGCAGACAUUUGGAGCACAACUUCACAGUUUAAGCACUAGAUUCAGGACUCCAAUAAUGUGCAUUAAUCAGGUGACCGAUGCAGUGAGCGAGUCGGAAGCUGCUCACGGAGUGCAUAACAGAGUCUCUCCAGCACUUGGAAUAACCUGGGCAAAUCAACUGCUGAUGAGACUGAUGGUCAGCCGCGUACCCCAGCCUGAGCAAUCACCUGGAGUUGCAGCACACCACACUGGAAGUGUGAGGACUUUAAGAGUAGUGUUUGCUCCUCAUCUCCCUCCAUCCUCUUGCUACUAUACAGUAAAAUUGGAAGGUGUAAAAGGAAUAGAAUAA